AUGAAUAUCAUUGAUUUAGGUUAUUAUGCACAAUCAGCGCCAAGUUCGUUGGGCGGUAUCGCAUGCACAUUUACGCAGUGUUCUCAGAACAAUCCGUGUCAUCGUGGAACUUGCAAUAAUGGCUAUUGCUGUAUUGCAUCGACUGGUGGAUGUGCAAAUGGCGGAUCACCGGUUGGAACGUGUAUUAAUAUGCGUUGUGCUCGUGGAUAUUUUUGUUCACCGGGUAACAUCUGCUGCCCAUCAAAUGAUUAUGGGACAGUGAUAAGUAGCACUGCUAAUCCAAUAAAGAAUCCAUUUCUUUGUACAGACGGAACCCAAGCAGCAGGAGCUUGUAUUCUUGGCCAAUGCGGUUCGUCAUUUACAUGCAUAAAUGGUUUGUGCUGUAAUAUAACAAAUAACACACCUCGAUGUCUUGAUGGUUCACCAUCUGCUGGUGCAUGUAUCUUUGGACAUUGCGGUGCAGGUUUUGUUUGCACUACCGGAAAUUUGUGCUGUUUGACAAACACCAUCGCUAAUAUCAUUCCUGGGACAUGUCCAAAUAAUGCUGCAUCGAUCGGCACUUGCAUCAAUGGCUUAUGUCCAACUGGUCACAUAUGUAUAAAUGGUCAAUGUUGUCCACAAACUGAUAAUACAACUUUCCGUUGCUCCAAUCUUAAUUAUGCUCUUGGACCAUGUGUUGCUGGCCAAUGUCCAGAUGGUGGUUUUCAAUGCGAUACGACAAUAAAUUCUUGCUGUCCGGUAACGGAUCCUAUUGGUCCGUGCAUUGAGCCAGGUGACCAGUGUCCAGCUGGUAAUAGAUGCUUCAAAGAAGGUGCAUCUCCGUUAUGCUUCAAGGAGUGCGAUGGUCGAGGAACGAUAUUUAGUUCUCCAGUAGAUGGAGCAUGUCCAGCAGGAACUAUCUUGAUUUUCGGUUCUUGCUGUACCUUAAAAGCACGAAUGUAUAAUCCAGUACAAACACCAUUUCUUUCUGAACGACAUACUGAUUUCUAUUCAUGGCCUACUUCUUCUGCACUAAGGCCAAUAGGUGGUUUAUGUGAAUUUACGCAGCAGUGUAUGAGUUCCAACGAAGGCUUGUCAAUUUGUGAAUUAGGUAUAUGCAGGUGUUUGCCAGGUGCUCAACUCAAUGGAUUUACUUGUGUUAGACGUUUCAGUGUACUACUGAACGAUGCGAUGCAAACAACCGCAACUGAUACCUCAGUAGAUGACCUGAUAUAA